AUGAACCAACUGAUAGAGAGGCUCAGCAAGGCGGGUGUUGGCUGCUCAAUAGAUGGCGUAAGCAUCAAUAAUAUUAGUUAUGCAGAUGACAUGGUGUUGCUGAGCCCCUCAGUUAGUGGCCUCAGAAAGCUGUUACGUAUUUGUGAGGAGUAUGCAGAGGAGAACGGACUCAGCUACAACUCAAAAAAGAGUGAGUUUCUUGUCUUCAGAGGGAGGAACAAACCUAUAACCUUUACUCCUAGCAUAUAUCUGUGCGGUACCCCUCUGAAGCAAGUAGCUGAGUUCAAGUACCUCGGCCACGUGGUGACUGAGCGCCUCGAUGACGACAAAGACAUGGAACGGGAGCGCAGGGCGCUGUCGGUCCGCGGCAAUAUGUUGGCUCGCAGAUUUGCACGCUGUACAACGCAGGUAAAACUGACCCUUUUCAGAGCCUACUGUCAAUCUUUUUACACGUGCAGUCUGUGGACGGACUAUACGCAGCGGUCCUACAGCGCCUUACGUGUUCAAUACAACAAUGUGCUGAGGGCGAUGCUGGGAAAACCACGGCACUGCAGCGCGUCCGCAAUGUUUGCGGAUGUGCGCGUGGAUGAUUUCUACGCGAUCAUGCGCAAGCGUGCGGCGUCUAUGAUAAGCAGAAUCGUGACUAGUACCAACUCCCUCCUCAGCGCGUUGGCAUGGAAGCUGGACGGCCCCCUCUGGAGGACCUGGAACGCUGCACAUGUUGAAAUAAGGGCGCCUAAAAGGUGGUUUUGA